UCCAACUUGUCAGUCAACUCAUGCCAGCACUCUCCACGUCUGCCUCUUCUACACACCCUCAUUGCAUGUGUCUGUCUGGACUGAUCUGCUCAUCUGUGCAGGGACUCUCCUGACAAGUGAAAAAUUCUGCCUGCUCUCUGCCCUGGAAUUGGAUCAAAUCACCUCAGCUUUUUCAUAGCCCCACCAGGAGGCUUUUGCUUAUGGUCUCAGUCUGUUUUCCUUCACUACUUGUCUGUUUUUGAUUUCUAGAAUGGAGGAAGCCGAAUUGCUGAAAGAAAGAUUCCAGGCCAUAACAGACAAAAGAAAACUGCAAGAAGAAAUUACACAGAAACGUCUAAAAGUGGAAGAGGAAAAAAUGAAACACCAACAUUUAAAGAAAAAGGCCUUGCGAGAAAAAUGGCUCUUGGAUGGCCUUAGUUCUGUCACUCCAAAAGAGCAAGAAGAAAUGCAAAAGCAGAAUCGGGAGGACCAACAACGAACUCAUGAGCUGGAACAAGACAUUUUCAGAUUGGAGAAGGAAAUUGAGGCCCUGGAAAGAGAGGAAAUGGAAGUCUCAGCUAAGGAAGAAGCAAUUUUAAAGAAACUUAAGUCUGUUGAGAAAACAACGGAAGACAUAAUAAAGUCUGUGAAGGCUGAAAAAGCAGGAGUUGAAAAAGAGGCAGACUACAUAUAUGCCAGCAUACCUGACCUGCCCAAGCAUUUCAGGCCUUCCACACUGAGAAGUCCAGCACAUGCUGCCACCGAUGAUGAAGAGAAGAGGAAAGCAUUGUUUGCCAUGGAAAUUAAAGUUGAGAAAGACAUGAAGACAGGAGAAAACACAGUGUUAUCAACAAUACCUCUUCCCUCAAAGGAGUUUAAAGAGACAGGAAUUAAAGUCUAUGACGAUGGCAGGAAGUCGGUCUACGCAGUGUCCUCAAACGGCAGCACGACACAAAACGGGGUGGAUGAACUUGCUCCUGUGGAGGUGGAGGACCUGCUACGGCAGGCAACUGAAAAGAAUUCCCAGUCUCCCACAGAGUACCAUGAGCCUGUGUUUGCAAACAAGUUUUGCAGGCCAGUUACUCCUCAGAAAGACAAAUUAGUCCCUGGACCAAAACUGGAAGACACACAUAGAAGAGAGAUGAAUGGAUUUAGCAACCAUCAGACAGAAUUCUCCCCCAAAACAGAGCCCUUUAUGCAGCAACAUAAAGAGAAUGGGCUUGAUCUUCCAAAGGUAAUACAGCCAAAAUCUCCCUCUCCAGUCCCUUCACAUUCAGAGAAGAAUGUGCACACUAAUCCUCAGAACAGGAUGAUACAUAAUGAGGGAAGAAAAGCUGCGCAUGAGGAAUUAAAACCUUACCAGAGUACCAAAGAAAGACAUAAUGAGACAAGGUUUUUAAGUCCCUGCCAUCUUAAUGAAACAUCCCCUGCACCUCAAGAUGAGGAAGAUGCUCACUACAGCAUUGUCCAAGCUGUGCCAUGUUACGUGGAUGAUUCUGAACCAGUAACCAUGAUUUUCAUGGGUUAUCAGCGCAUUGAUGAUGACGAUGCAGAGGCAAACCAAAAGUUAUUGCGAUACGAUGGGGUUAUCCGUGCAGAGUUAGUUAUCAUUGAUGAUGAUGAUGAAGAGGACAGCAAAUCUGAGAAACCAGCAUAUCAUCCCAUAGGCCACUAUAGUCAGGUUUAUCAGCCACCGAGCAGGAAGGCCACAGAAGUCCCACAGAUGAACCCUGUGAGCAGUCUGGGCACAAGUUUGAACAAGGUACCCCACAAAAACUCCAUCUCCCUGCAAGAACAAGAGGAACGCUUAAGCUCUCCAACACACCAUGCUCACCUUCAUGGCCAGGGAUCUGGAGAUGGCACUGAAGAUCCCUCACUAACAGCUCUGAGGAUGAGAAUGGCAAAGUUGGGGAAAAAGGUGAUUUAACAGCUGUAAUGACAUGGAAGUAAAGUUUGCUACUCAAAACAGAAUAAAGCUAAGAAGAGUUUCUGCAGCACACCUUUUUUGGAUCAGAAUGCUUGCUUUGCUCCUCUCUUUUAUGCAUCUGGGUUAUUUUGCCCUCUGCAUAACCCAAUGGACUUGAACAGACUUUUAGAUUUGACCAACUGCCACAUACACACAAAUCACUCCCUGGAUUUCACUGUAAGUAGUGGAUAUACACAUAAAUGCAGUGUAUAUCCAAGUACGAAGACAUGUGCAUACCUGUUCCCACAAUCAGGAAUAUGCUGUUGCUAUGUACAUAAAGCAGAUAAACACCCAUCUCUGAGGAACUUCACAGGACAUUGUUUCACUUCCAAGUUUGAUCUACCCAGUUGUGAUUGAAAAUGCCAUUUUGCUGGUAAAAGCAAUGGUUAAUAAAAAACUAAGCAUGAGAGGUAGGAGCAGGAAGAAAUAUAAAUAUUAAACCUGGUUUCCAAGCAUACCACCUUGGCCAAGAUUUAAAGCAUUCCUUUUUAAGUGACACCAAAAGAAACUAAAACACUAAAGAAGUCGAUUUAAAUCUUUAGCUGCCUUCUAGAGCUGCACAGUCCAGUCACCCUUCUCUUUUACAUAUGACCACAUAGCCAUCCUCAGCCCCUGCUCCCUUCAACACUAUGAACAGCCUGACCUUCCAAGCACUGUUUCCCUUCCUAGGUUGCUUAGAAAUCCAUGCUUUUCCAGGAAACUGGUUACCAGACAGACAAUGCCUGGCCAGGGAGUGCAGGCAUCCCAACAGAAACACUAGCGUUGCCAAUGGCUUGUCCUGCAGCAUCAAGAGAAGGUCCGUUAGAGGUGCAGCCACUGCUGGGCACUGUGGUCCAAGGCUCCCACCAAUGAGCAGGUUAAUUCUUUCCACAUGAGGGAGGAGCUGAGGGCCCUAAAAGCAGCCAUAAGGUACAGUUACACCUAGAGAAAUACAUGCAAUUUGGAUUUUUCCAGUACAUAGUUCUUGCGGGGUGGGAAAAAGUGCCUCCAAGCACUACAUCCUUCUUUUCAAAUCAGUAUGAUAGGUCUUAGCCUGGUUUGAAUCACUGCACAGCUAAAGCUCAGGUUGUGUUAUUCUACUACAGCUGACCCAAAUUAUGCACCAGCAAAAAAACAAAUGACCAUAAGUUUUUUGCUGGUCUUCCUCAUUUUAGAGCAGGAAACUAAAGCUACUACCUCAUACUGAGGCAGGAUGGUAGGAAUCAGCUGACGUGUAGCCUCUGAGUACUUGGUGGCUCCCAGUCUGAAGUGGGUAAAAAUCUCCAAUUUUAGGACUUGUCAGAGAUGGUUACCUGAAGAGUGGAAUGGUAGAUAAACCAAAUAAAUAUAACUAUCACA